AUGCUGCUACAGCGGACCACAGCAGCCGCGCCCAGAAGGUCGAAGCCGGGAAAAUCUGAGGCUGACCAUCAACCAAAACAAGUUGCUGAGGGAGAGCGACCACUCACAUGCAUGUUCUAUUUCUUUGCCUCUCAGAUGAAGCGGAAUAUCCAACCUGCAGACCCUGAUCUAGUCAGAAGGGGCAAAAUGCCAGACCGGCCAACCCACCAGCUUGACUCCAUGCUUACUCGCAUAGGUAUGCAUGCUGCCCAUUCGCCCCUGGUCGCCAAGUUUGAGACUUUUCCUGUCGAGAUACCGGAUCUUCAAAGGGAGUCUUCCAAUGGCCCAAGACCCUCGCGGGAAGAGGUCCAUGACACCGUUAUGAUGAUGAAAUUCCGUGACAAGAGAGCUCGUGAAGAGUGGAUUGUUACCAAGGAAUGGCAGGAAUUCAUGACCAACACCAACGGUCAAGAUGUCUUUCGGCGCAUGCCCCAUGUCAGGUGUGCGAGUAGUGUGAAGGGUCUGAUGGACCCAAUGGAUAGCUUGACAUCUUGA